GUCGCCGGAACAUCGUGGCAGUCUCGUGGCGGCCUUCUUGAUCCAUUCAGCAGUACUGUUGUGUUGUUUGUCGCGGCGUCAUGUUCAAGUUUACGUUAAUCGCGUUGGCSGCGAUCGGCUUAGCCGCCUCCGAUGAUAAUAAAAACAAAAACGAUCAACUCAAAAUUGAUGUGAUCAGCGUGCCGGAAGGGUGUGAGGUUAAGUCGAAAAAUGGGGACAUGUUGACUAUGCACUACACGGGGACGCUCACCGAUGGCACCAAGUUUGACUCCAGCAUGGACCGCGACCAACCCUUCAGUUUCCAGCUGGGCGUGGGGCAAGUGAUCAAGGGUUGGGACCAAGGCUUGCUCAACAUGUGCGUUGGCGAGAAACGCAAACUGACCAUCCCUCCCAGCCUGGGGUACGGCGACCGCGGGGCCGGGAGCGUCAUCCCAGGUGGCGCCACCCUCAUCUUCGAGGUUGAGUUGAUCAACAUCGGGGACUCCCCGCCGACCACUAACGUCUUCAAGGAGAUCGACAACGACAAGGACAAUCAGCUAAGUCGAGAGGAAGUAAAUAGUUUUGUGAGCGAGUACUUGAARAAGCAGAUGGUGGCGGCCGAGGGCGAGUCGCCGAGUGAAGAAAUGAAGAAUAUGUUGGCCGACCAUGAUAAGUUGGUCGAGGAGAUMUUCCAACAUGAAGAUAAAGACAAGAAUGGGUUUAUCUCCCAUGAAGAGUUCUCGGGUCCGAAACACGACGAAUUGUAACUGCAACGACUGAUGUGUAGUUUGUAGUGGUGUGAGGUCAUGGACUGCAACUUCUUUUUUUACCUUUUUAUACACUGUUUGCGAGCCACGGAAUUUUAUCGAAGUUUUUUUAUACAUUCAUUUGAACUAAUUUUAUUUAUUUAUGUUCAUAUGGCUUACAAUUGUUGUUAAUCGAUGAAUUAUGGAUGAAGUUAAUUUUAGUGCAAUCUAUUGUAUGUUGUUAUAUACUAUUAAAGUUAAUAAACGUUUUUUUAUUA